AUACAGGGGAACUAUUGCCUCUUCUCAACUCUGGAACUACUGUGGGCGACUGAGAUAGUCCGUGCCUCCGCGCGGGCUUACUGAAUGUCAUCAUCAACUGCUCAAGCCCAGCAGGCCGACGGAAGGUCAAAUGCCGGACCAAGAGAUAGUUCCCUGCGAGCCAACGAAAGAGCUCAGCAGCUGAUUAAUUCAGACCCCAAAUACAAGAAGUACACCCAACAAGUGGAGAAAUGCCUGAACGCGUUCGACAAUGUUCACGAAUGGGCGGAUUGCAUCUCUUUUCUAAAGCAACUACUGAAGACGUUUCAAUCGUACAUGCAGUUCAAGGAGAUCCCACACAAGCUAAUAGUGGCAAAGCGGUUAUCCCAAUGUCUUAAUCCUGCCCUUCCUGCCGGUGUCCACCAGAGAGCUCUCGAUGUCUACAUUCACAUAAUGUCGGUGCAAGGGACUGAAGGGCUGAAGUAUGAUCUCGCACUAUGGUCUUCAGGAUUGUUCCCCUUCUUCGAAUACGCGUCGACAUCAGUGAAGCCCACUCUACUGAACAUCUAUGAUACGCACUACCUGCCGCUCCAAGCAAACUUACGACCAGUCAUGAAAUCUUUCAUCCUUGCCUUGCUUCCAGGGCUAGAGGAAGAAACGGGAGAAUUCUUUGACAAAGUAAUGAGUUUGCUCGAUCGACUGUCAGGCACUGUCAACCCGGUUUUCUUCAUCCAGAAUAUAUGGCUAAUCAUGUUGACAAUGCCAUCCGCUCGAGGUACAUCCCUAAACUUCCUAUCUCGUCGUCUGCCCCGACUCCAAUCAAACGAAGAUAUCACACAAAUUGUUGGACGAGAUGUUGGUUUGAUGUUUCGUGCGUUCGCUGCGGCGCUCGAGGAUGACAACCUGCUGGUGCGGAGAAGUGGUCUUGACCUCUUGCUUCAAUGUAUGCGCCUCGACAGUGCCGCUCUUAAACGGGUAUCGCAGGACGACCGUGUCAUCCUUAUGAGAGCUGCUACGGGUGUUGUGUUACGGCGGGAUCUAUCCCUGAACAGGCGACUUUAUGCGUGGCUUCUUGGAGCUGACGAGAAGAGCGACGCGCAGAUUGCAUAUUUACGAGGGAAUGGUUUGGAUCUUCUCAAAGACACCCUUCUGACCGAGAUGUUGUUGCCUUCUACAGAAUACUCUGAAUCGCGUCCUUUCAAGGUGUUUAUCUCACUACUGGACAAAUGGGAGAUUGGCUCUCCGCUCACGGAGGUCCUCGUGUAUGAUUCCCUCAAAGCGCUGAAAUCGCAUAUGGAAAGCAGCAAUGACAACAAGGGCGAUAUUGUCAUGACUGCAAAUUCACUGUAUGAGGCUAUUGACCCCAGUAUUCUUUGGAAACACCUUCUAGCAUCGAUUGUCAAUAACGUCAUCGGUGAGGAAGUCAGUUUUGAGGCAAUUGAUAUGACCAUCUUCGUUCUGAGGACCUUCUCUGACCACGAGGAUGAUCUGAGGAGAAUUCACCUUCCUGUGAUUUUUGCUGCUAUUGUAGAUGCCAUAAGAUUUGAUAUUCUCCAAGAUCAGACUAGGAUUGCACGCACUGCUAUUGCUAAAGCUUUCAUGCUGCUAGAGGAACUUCUUCACCACCUGAACCCUGAUGGACUCCUCAGCAGGCCUAAUUUGACUGAAUCGCAGCAAGACCUCGUCACGACCCUGAGCUCUCUUUCCUAUGCGUACGCAUUCUAUGGUAUUGAGGCGCCGGUUCAAACGUCCCGCAACGAUGAGACGACAUUACCCCUGGCGACUGUCCUAUGCUACACCCUAUCAUUAAGCCACUUGUGUGCUCAAGGUCUCCUGAGUCAGAGUGGCGACUCGAGAUAUUUCAGAGAUGUCAUCAAUCGCGUCUUACCCUUUCUUGCGGAGCUCGUUCGUCUAGUCAGCAAAGCGAAGGUCACCGCUGUUAAGCUAUCAUGGGAUUCGUCUGAAUGGCUGAGCAGUAUCCUCGGUGUACUCCAUACGGCGGAUUCAGACUUUGUGACCGUAGAUAAUAUCGUCUCAGUGGUCAUUCUCCUUCACCAGACUCAGCAAAUACAACCCAAGCUGAAUAUAGAUGAAAGAGCCACAAUGUCUGGCAUGGUAAAGACGCUCUUCAGAUUCCUACGUCAGGACUACUCGAUCUACCAUGUCCGUGCUGUCAAUCUUGUAUGGGCUCUUGAGGCGGCGACCAAGCAGCCUCACGUUGAGUCUAUCAUCUCCCGAAGCAUGACUAGUCUCGAGUCUAGAAAUGUUCAAGAUGCGUACGAGGCUUUCGGAGUCCUUUGGCGACUGACAGAAGACGACGUUUUACCAGGCGUUAGACUGAAGGUCCCAAUGAUGAUUGUGCUGGAAACUCUCAAAAAUGACAGUCCAUCGCUGCGCCGAGUCGGCGAGACUUGGAUGCGCUGUAGUCUCAAGUCGUAUUCCAGGGUUCUAGAUCCUCUCCUACAUGACUUGCUCGAUCCUUCUAUACGGCGCUCUCCUCACACUUUCAUAGUCAACGACCGCAAGAUUCAAGGAUACGUAUACGACAGGUCGUUUGAUCAGCGUUAUGUCAAUCACCUCCUGGAAGUACUAUAUGCCAUUCUUCAGUUUGGUGGUCAAGGGUUCAGCAAGGCAACCAGGUCAACACCUAUCAAACGAACAUAUUACGAAGGGUUGGCCUCAAGGCUGACUGCUGGCAGAUUUGAUAUGGAGGGCACUUACAUGGAUGUGAUCGUGGACAUGCUUUCCCGUUUUUUGCAGUCAGAACCAAAGAUGCCCCAUGGUCAGACCAUGCAACUUCUGAAUGUGUCAACGCACACAUCAUCAGUCGACAUACUCCAGGCUAUCGUCUCACGAGGUGAUAUUGAUGUUUUGGCUGUCGAGACGAUUCAGCCUGCUGUCAUUGGAAAGCUGUAUGCAUGCGUACAUAUGAAACACUUCGACAUGCAAAACAAACUUCUUCACUUCCUUCACUCUUUGAUCUCCAUCUCCGUUUCGCGAACAGUCGACGAAGGUCAUGAUAGCAACGGAGCUUCACAAGGCUCGACAAGCAACUACGCCGUUAACCCUCUCCUCAUCCAUACCAUCACCGAUGGUAUCUCUAUCCAAAGCAACCGUUCUCUCCUGCAACAUUGGCUUGACUUUGUCAUGAUGACCGUUCCCCAGUUCCAACCGGCUCUCCGAGUUCUGGUCUCUCCAGUUAUCGAAUGCCUCACUCGGCAACUGCGUGUGGAGUUGGUCAACAUCAAAGCACAAGGAUCUAGCGCCACCACACGCGUUGCCAAUGACGCGGAAUUUACUAUGCUUUUGAACGCACUAGAACGACUUGUGGUAUUGCAUAUGGGUGCAAAGGAUGAUAUGCGUUCUGACGAAGAUGCUGUUGUUCAAGAGAAACCCGUCCAUGAAAGUGGUGGGCUCUUCGGUUAUGUCACGACUGUAUUUGCGGCGGAAAACCCCAGCUCAUCGGAGGACCAAGUGGGUAACCGAUCUCCUGGAUUUAAGUACCUUUAUGAUGGUGUCCGUGUUCUCUUAGCCCUAUGGAGGAAUCUUGUAUGGAACGAUUCACAGGAGUGGAGCCCAGAAAAGGACUCCUUAGCCCUGGUCUAUCAUCGGACACGGACUCGCUGUCGAAGAGCCUUUGAGCAUUUCUUCCACGUGCAACCGGUUGAACUAUUGGAAUGUGUCAUCGACUGGUGGGACAGAGAACCUCUAGACCCCGCAAAUCCCUUGGAGGAUGACACUGUCUUUGAACUUGUUGAUGUUCUGAUAGCCAACGCUCAGACAGCUGUUCACAUGCUUUGUGAAUGUAUCUUGUCUCGCACGCCGAGCUCGUCGGAACGAGGAAAGAGAAAUGUUGCGAACCCCAAUCUCUCGGAUGUCAUUCUCUUCAGGUUUUUGGAACAAUACUUGGGCCGAUUGGAAGGCCCUAUUGCCCUCCAAGUGUGGGGAAGGUUCUUAUCACUGACCAAGGAAGUAGCGAGCAGUACUCGAGAGUUUAAGAUGCAAUUCUUCCUGUUGUUGAAGUGUUUCUCGGUCUUGGCACGAAAAGUAAUGCUGACGACGGCAUCAGAGGAUAAGAGACUGAAGAAAGACCUUCAAGAGACGUACAGUCGAUUAUUAGACUCAUGUGUAACAUUCGUCGGAAGAACAUCCGACCAAACAUCAUGGGUCAGGCGUCCGUUGAAAGAUGCACUCAACAAUGGUCGUGAAUCCCCUCUGCCCCGAAUCGCGUCUGAUUCGAGAUUGAAUGAGAAGGACAAUGUGAAUGCCAGCUCCACUUCACUCACCGAGACAAAAUACAUAGGGUGGAAUUCCGACCUGACAUCGCAGAUCUGCUCGUUCAUAGCAGAAGUUGGUCUCCCGAACAUUCGGACCUUCCUGGUUGAUAAUGACAAGAUCACGAACACUUGUAAUAAUAUUGUCUACUAUAUCGUCACCCCGGCUGUCAAGGCAAAAGCAAAGCCGCUGGAUGUAGAUCCCAUGCUCAUCGAUAUCCUUCGGGAAAUGACUAAGAUCCCGGCGGCACUCAAAGUCUGGCGUAGCUCCGUCGCAGACAUGCUGUACGACAGCCGGUUGUUCACGUCGAGCCACGUUUUGGCAAAGAAAUGGAGGCCUAUCGUCAAGGUAUUGUUUGACACUGACAAGACAGCCUUUUCGGAGCUUAUGGGCAAAAUUGUCGCAACUCCAUCGAGCAAUAUUUUCACGAAUCGUGAUCAGGAAAUGCUUCUGCGUGCGAUGAACCUGCGUCGGCUUGCUUUCGUCCUCUUCGCUGGCGAGAAAAAUCAUUACCUGACACAACUUCCAACUGUGCAAGAGAAGUUGGUCGAUGUCCUGCGCAAUGUUACUUCGCCGCUCGUACAAAGCGAGGUAUUCUUGUGUAUUCGGGUGCUGCUAUGCCGGCUGUCCCCGCAUAAUUUGACAAGCUUCUGGCCGGUAGUUCUGACUGAGUUGUAUCGAGUGUUUGACCAAGCGCUGGUCAACGUUCCUGCCGACGGCUCAGAGGACCUCCAGCUUCUCCUCGCCGUUUCGAAAUGUUUGGAUAUUCUUUUGACGCUUCAAACAGAGGAAUUCCAAGUGCAUCAAUGGAUUUUCAUCACGGAUACUGUCGACGCUGUUUAUCGUCAAGACGACUGGGUUCCUCAAGGAAUGCUUGACCAACUGUCCGAAGCUGUUGGCGCCCUGCCCCUUCCUGAAGCCAAGCAGGCACGACCGACCUCACAACUACCCGACGAGGAAGAGCCACAGGCAGCAAUCUAUCCAACGUAUGGUGACUCGAGAACGGCGAGACAACCCAUGCUCGUAAAGAUGCGGCAGAUUGACAGCGCGCGGGAUUUACUUCCAUUCUUUUCACAUGUAAGCAUCGCGUCGUACGAGGGAGUCUAUGCAUGCGGUAGCAAUGUGGACUGGAGUGUAGUAGAGGAAGGGAUCUUGCGAGACAUGUUUGAUAGUCGGUGACAAUCCGACAGCUGGAUACUGCCAACGUAGACGAUAUAUACGCUCAUAAUUCUCAUUCGGACAUUUGUGCAACUUUGGAUUUCUUGGACUUCAUGAUCGUCGAUGCAUAUGUCUGGAUUUCUAUAGUAACAUGCACGAGUUUGUGCUCCAUAUAUUAACAAAGGACGACGACAACGAAGCAGAGGGUAUGUACGUGUAGAUAAUGGGCACAUCGACAAUAAUACCAAUAACGAAUGGACGUAUACAGAUGACUUAGAAAUCGCCCCAGUUUCGGCGGAAUUUGUACUUGUAAGGAACGUUCUUCCGCAGUUUCUCUUGUGGCGAUUUGGGUUGCUUGUAGCCCUGAGACCCAGAACCCCACUCAGCCUGACCUUCAAGUUCCUUGUGGAGAUCACGGAAGCGAACGCUUGGGUCCUGCUUUUCGGGAGGCUGCUCCCGCUGGAACUUGGGCUUAUCGCUCUCCGCCUGCUCAGCUUCCUGUUGAGCCUUUCGCUCUUGGACAAAGGGCUGCUGGCCUGCAACCUUGACAACAGCCUCGGGGUUCUGUACCUUUGAACCAUAGUACAUUGUGCCGGCGGCCUGAGCGGCUGCCUCAGCCUCCUCGUGUGCGCGGAGGGCCUCCUCCACGGUGACACCCUGGAAUUUGGCCUCGCGCUCGGCUUCUUUAAGUUCGAUGCCCUCAUGCGCGGCGAAGUGCUCGAGAUCCUCUGCGUGGACAUAGGAUUCGUCGGUCUGAGUGUCAGGGGUGCCGUGAAAUUGUUCUUCGUGGUGGAGGAAGAACUCGCUCUCGACAUCGUAGUGGUGACCCUCAGCGCCAAUAUCAUCAAAGUUGGGAAGACCUUUGAGACCUGCGGCGGAGAACUCCUCGGGGGUGAUCACACCGUCCUUGUUCGAGUCGACCAGCUUCAGCACAGUGUCAACGACGAGGUCAGCCUUCUUUUGGUGCUCGAUUUCGUCCUUGGAUGUCUUCUGCGAGUAGACAUGAUGAACCCCAUAGAUUGCCUCUAUCUCUUCACGGUCCCAACUUCCAUCUCUGUUUAGGUCAUGAAGCUGGAAAAAGCUCUCCAAAUCGAACUGGUCGAUGUGGUGCUCAGAGGCCAUGUGUCUAAUGGCAUACGCCGCGCCCUCGAGAUUGGGGUUGUCAUUAGCGUGUUCGUGUCCGCCAUGAGCGUGUACUGCGGUGCUGGCCAGCAGCAACGAAAGGGCAGCGAAAGACUUCAUUUGUACAAGCGAGAGUGCAAGUGCAAGGACUGCGAACGGCUAAGUGUACUCCGUGACAGACUGAGCUUGGGACUUG